GAACAAAGGAAACCACUUCUUCUCGUACUGAUUCUCUAAUGAGUGUGAGGGCCUUGGAAUCAAGAGUCCAUAAAUCGCAUUGCCUUUGCGCUUGAAGCUACCUCAUAACCUAGUUUGGGACGCCAUGCCGCAGCAUCACCGAUCUCUCCCGCUUGCAUGCUCCACAUCCACCGAAGAUGGUGAGCAGCAUAUCAGAUGGCCAGCUUCCGACGCCCGGUCUCUCUCCAGAAACACGUUCUUCCAGCAUAGAUAGACAGCCGAAGGAUGCUUUUCAAACCCUUGAAUUCCAAUCUCUAGGUGGCAUCUCGGAAGACAGCGGCACCGCGACACCGAAUACGACAUACGUUGCGGAAAGUAUAUUAAGCCCAACCGGGGAUCCCAAAGAUGCCAGAUAUGGUUCACAUCGAUCGUCAGUCUCGGAUAACCGUCACCGAAGUAGCUCCGGCAAAGAGAGGGACAGAAUCCUGAAACUGUCACCGGCACAAUUAAAGCAACUGACGACGUCCCCAACGGCUGUUCCCCUUCGCGCGGCAACACCCAUCUCGGGAUCGGAAGAUAUCUUUGCGCUGGACGACUCUCCAACGAAAGCGGAGCCCGGAAGCUCUGGGAGAGAUGAUGAGCGACAUGCGCCGAAUAACAUGGACCCCGAAGCGAUCCCUACGAACGGAAUUUCUCUUGCCAACGGAUCGGGGGGAGACAAGAAGGCCAACAAUGGUUCUGCGGACAGGAGCAAGGAUAUGGUAGAUCCCAGAGAUGGGGAAAUAUCAGACGCAAAGAAGCAGACGAAACCUCCACGCUCGUCACGCACCUGCUCGACUCCACCCGCCUGCAGCAGGAAGCAGUCAGGAUUUCGACCUCAUGGACAGCACAGGGAGAGUCUCUCUAAGACGAGGUCGCAAAACCACGUCCCACCUUCGUUGAAUUUGAAAGAUAGCAGCAGGGUCCGGUCCGAUCAAGCCUCCGGUGGAUUGCGUACUCCUUCAUCAAGCCUCGACCCGAUUCCAUCCCCUCUACAUUCCGCUCUUCCACUGCCUCCGGUGUCCAUGCCGACAUACCUUCAACUCGAACUCUCUUCAGAGAAACCAUCACCCCUAUACAUCCACAGGUCACCGGCUACUGACUUUCCAUACGAAUCUUCUUCUGUCAAGUUCCAGCGACUUGUGAACUUCCUGCUCCUGCCUCCGAAUUUCGAGCAGGUUAUGUGGUUUGGGACCCUGGCGUGCCUCGACGCAUGGCUGUACAAUUUCACAAUCCUUCCACUUCGUUUCAUCCGGGCAGUAUGGAUUCUCACCGUUUCGUUGAUUCACAAUGCCUGGAGGCAAGUUAGGGAUCUUGGAAGGUUCAUCUACAACGGCCUGGGAAGAAUGUGGAACCGCUACAGGCACGGAUUACGACCAAGCUCAACCGUGAAACCCAACGGAUCUGCCACGUCUGUGGCUACCAAGCAAGAAGCCAGCGCCUCAGACUCGGCUCCCCAGAGAACCGUGUCCAGGGGCCGCGAACGCUCGCAAAUGCAAUUGCAGGAAGACCAGAAACGAAUUGACCGUCACUUGCGCCGGCGGCACCGGCGGGCUCGAUCCAUGCCUUCUAAGCUCCUUCCAUCCCACAAAGCGGACAUUCUGAAGGGUCUGCUGAUUUUCGUUAGCUGUGUCGUUCUACUGAGAUUCGAUGCAAGCCGGAUGUACCAUGGCAUCCGUGGGCAGGCGGCAAUGAAGCUAUAUGUGAUCUUCAAUGUGCUUGAAAUUGCAGAUCGACUACUUUCCGCCAUCGGGCAAGAUGUCAUUGAAUGUCUACUCUCGCAAGAAACCCUUGAGCGGGACAGUUACGGCAGAAGCAAGCUCAUUCGACCGUUCUUCAUGUUCUUGUUGGCAUUGUUGUACAACAUCACGCACGCUACCGCGCUAUUCUACCAGGUCAUCACGCUCAAUGUUGCGGUCAACUCAUAUUCCAACGCACUUCUAACCCUAUUAAUGUCGAACCAGUUCGUCGAGAUUAAAGGCACCGUUUUCAAGAAGCUGGAAAAGGAGAACUUAUUCCAGAUGACCUGCGCUGACGUCGUGGAGCGAUUCCAGCUGUGGCUCAUGAUGAUCAUCAUCGCGAUGCGGAACAUCGUUGAGCUUGGAGAUUUCACCAUCGGCCUGCCCGCUAUGAUGAGCAGCACCACCAGCAGCCCCACCGUGAAUACCACCACUACACCCUCUAGCAGCUCCACAAUCCUCCCCAUGAGCUUCACCAUCCUUCCGAAAUGGACGGGACAAUUCCUCGGUCCGUUCGUACUCGUACUCGGCAGCGAAAUGGUGGUCGACUGGAUCAAGCAUGCCUACAUCAACAAGUUCAACAACACCCGCCCCGAAGUCUACGGCCGAUUCCUCGACGUCCUCGCCAAAGAUUACUACUCCAACGCCUUCGCCUCGCAGAACCUCACGAAACGCCUCGGCCUCCCCGUCAUCCCCCUCGCAUGCCUCUUCAUCCGCUCCUCCCUGCAAACAUACCACAUGUUCCUCGCCACCCACAUGCCACUUCCCAUCCCUUCCCCCGUGUCCUCCAUCGCACUCGGCGCCGAGACGACGUCCACCCCCGCUCCCAUCCCCAUCCUCAUCCACCUCGACCGCAUUUUCCGACGCGCACUCGGCCGCUCGGCGUUCGGCGCCGGCGCCGGCAACGGUGGGAUGACGGAGCCGCUCGAGGGCUGGAGUACGUGGGUGGUCGACGACGUGAUCGCGCUCACGACGCUCGCGAUGGUGGUGCUGGUGUGCUGGCUCCUCCUCCUCGCCAUGAAGCUGCUGCUGGGGAUGGCGCUGCUGACAUUUUCGCGGAACCGGUAUCACGGGAUGAAAGAGCGAGAGCGGCAGUCGUACACGUAUGUGGGAGGGAAGCGGGCAGGGGGGUGGGGGAUGGUGGAGGUGGAUGAUGACAAGAGAAGGAGGAUUUAUGAGGGGGAUGAGGCGGGGUUGAAGAAGAGUAGGGAGCGGGCGAAGGAGACGGAGCAGGGGGGGAGGGAUCUGGAUAAGGGGAGCAAAGGGCUGGAUGGCGUGGACAGGUAUGCGAUGGUUGCGAAGAGGAUUUGGUAGCCGUAGAUUCCUGACACCACUCGUGUCGUCGUUGUCUGAUACUGCAUUGUGCCGGCGUUGGUGGGUGGGAUGAUUAGAGUCAUAUUCAUCGGUGAAAGGGAUUGUAGCACUUCUUUACAGAGUGGUUUGAGGCCACGAUGUUAACUAUCGCAGUUAUUCAAUUACUGUAUUCU